AAAGCAAAAUACAUACAUACAUACAUACAUAGAGUUAAGAGAAUAAAGUGAAGGGCUAUAUAUCAGGAAUCACUACAGAGGCCUGAUACGAAAUGUCUACAGUCUGUCACUAUUAUCGGGUGGAAUUCAUUCAUUCAUUUAUUCAACAGAUGCUCUUAGACACUUUUGUGCCGGGCAUUUUUCCUGCCUCUGAGAUCAAAGGUCUGAGAAAAACUGAUGAAAUUCUUAUUUCCCUGGGGGUCAUUUGUACCUCAGUGGCUGUGCCUCUGCAGUCUCAUUAGUAGGUGCUACUCUUUUUCUUAAAUACCGCUAUUCCUCACGGCCUUUUAUUCAGACCUCCUUCCCCUUAGAUUUUUAUUACUCUAAGAUAACUUUUUUAACCUUUCCUGUAACUUCAACCCAGAAAUUCUCAAGCCUUACUGUCAGGGCCAGAGUCCCUUUGUUGGGAAUGCAGAGGUAAAGACAUAUUCCAAUUCAUGAAAGUCAAAAUGAAAAAGUGAGGUUUGUCUUCCAACUGAAGUCUGAGGGCUGAAUUAAAACCCGUGGAGUUUAGUUUGUUAUGCAUGGCUUCAAUUCAAAUCUUCCAGCCAUUAUCACUUUUUUUAGUGAUUCCUCUUGAGGCUUCCUAUAUUGAACAUUUUUCUCUUUUCUUCUCCUCAAAUUCCCUCUUUAUCAUGUAGAGGGGGAAAAAUGCACAAUGUGAGAGCUGGAAGUUAGGUUUUAAGUUAAGACUAUAGCCUGGGAGGCAGCAUUUCAGAAAGCUCUGAAAAACCACUCCAUAGAGGGGUGUGGGGGGAAAUGUCAAAGGUUAUGUGAUUUUGGUGGACAGGGAGGCAUAUGCCAUCAAGCACACAUCCUGUAGAGAAGACUGCUGCUAGUCUCGAGAAGGGAACUUCCAGUCAUGAGGCGCAGACAUUACCAGGAAGGAUUUGAAUGCUUUUCCAUAUACAAGGAGAUGCAAGAAUUGGGCUCAUAAAACCUUCUCCUGAAAACAUCUCCCUCUCUGAAGACCUGUUCUGCCAGUUUUCCCAGAGCACAGAGCGCCUCAUUCCUGAUCUCCACCCUGAGCUCCUUUCACGGGGCGUGGAAGGUCAGCAGCUGCAUGAUUUAAUCCUUAGAGAGGUAGAUGGUCAGUGCCAAUCUCCAGGUGGCAAUCACAUGUCCUAUAAUCAAUUAUUCCCACUCAAGAUGAAGCCACUCCCUAUUCAUUCAGGAGCUGGAAUGAAACUCAUCAAAUUAACUUAUGCUCAGAUUUUUUCUGCCUGAGCCAUGUACAGAUCUUCUUUGAAUACUGGGUCUAAUUCUAAUUCUGUUCAUUGCACACUGGCAUUUUGUCUGUUAUUUACAUAUUUGUGGAAAGAAUGCAUGCCUGAGUGAGAGACAGAGGAUACACACAUUCUUAAAAAAAACCUAGCCUUCUUUCUACAGAUAAAAAUAGGAUGUCAGAAAACUUAGGACAAAAACUAAUUUAGAGGAGCAUUUUUGAUCCUAGAGGUGUCUUGAUCUGGGUUGAGACUUCUUGGUCUGAGCUGAGCUCAUGUCCUGAGAGAAGAUGGUUCGGAGUCAUCAUCCGCCCUCUGGAUGGAGAUGCACCCAGCCUCGGUGAGGCUUUGUAAGGGAACAUGCCCACCUCCAAAUCCUCAAUUCCUUUUCAGCGUCUUUUUGAAAUAAUGGAAUAUUAAGAAUCUGGCUCAAAUUAUAUGGCUCCAGUUAUUAUCUGUUAACUUGCGAUGGAUUCCUUUGUUCUUGGUAAGGUUAACUUAAGCCUGAUUUCUUCAGGGAGAACUUCCCGUAAACAAUAUCAGGUUCACAGCUACUAGAAUAAACACUUUACUGACAAUCACUAGUCUGUUUGCACAGAUUGAAUUGGUUCUUUCCUAGCAUCACAUUUUUAUCAAUAGCUCUUGUGUAUGUAUUCAAAUAGGAGUAUUUUUCUAUAAAAUAUUUAAUGGUCUCUUAAUUAUACCAUUUUAAUUGGGUAUUCAGAGAUGUAAAUUUUAAUGGACCUCUUAAGGAUUUUUGCCUUGGAAAGUGAGAAGUGAAGAAGCAGGGCGAAUUGCCUUUUGUGUUUUCCUAGAUUUGUGCAGCAAUGCCCUAUCUGUCUAUGAUCAUAGAAUCAUAGAAGUGGGAAAUAUCUUACCAUCAUCUAAUCUGACUUCUCUUAUAUGUGUAUAUGGAUAUAUACUGAAGCCUAGUGGCUGAGUGGGAGUCUUACUAAAACCCAAGUGUCCUCAUACAGUUUAGUGCUCUGUCUCUUCCUCUAGCUCUAGUCCACCCAAGGUCAACUCCAAGUCUAAGACAGGAAUAACGAGCAAUGCACUUCCAAUGAAGAUCAGGGCAAGAUUCACUAGUGACCCUAAAUUGCAUGAAAUGUAGAAGAGAGUGAAAAUAUUUUUCUCCUUCACUCAUCAUGCCAUCCUUCAACCAGAGCAUUUUCCAGCCUGCCGUCUUCUUUCUAACUGGCAUCCCUGGUUUUGAAACUUACCAUGCCUGGAUCUCCAUCCCAUUCUGUUGUCUCUAUGCCAUUGCCAUCUCAGGGAAUAGCAUGAUCUUGUUUGUCAUCACCACUGAGCCAAGCCUUCAUGAACCCAUGUACUAUUUCCUCUCCAUGCUCUCUUUCACGGACCUAGGGCUGUGCCUUUCCACACUGGUCACAAUGGUAGGUAUUUUCUGGUUUAAUGCUCGAGAAAUCAGCUUGGAUGCCUGCAUCGGCCAAAUGUUCUUUAUUCAUGGUUUCACGCUCAUGGAGUCAUCAGUACUCCUGGCAAUGGCUUUUGACCGCUUCAUUGCCAUCUGUAACCCACUGAGAUACGCCGCAAUCUUAACCAAUUCGAGGAUCAUCAAAGCAGGCUUUGCAAUCCUUAUUAGGGGGACAACAGCUCUAGUGCCUUUGCUCCUGCUCCUUAAGCGUCUGUCCUUCUGCCGAAGUCGUGUUCUGCACCAUUCGUACUGUUUCCACCCUGAUGUGAUGAAGCUUUCAUGCACAGACACCAAGAUCAACAGUGCAUUUGGUCUUGCCAUUGUCAUCGCUACUGCUGCCCUGGACUUGGUCUUGAUCCUCCUCUCCUAUGUCCUCAUCAUCCACUCUGUGCUCAGCAUUGCCUCCCCAGAGGAGCGGGAAAAGGCCUUUGGUACCUGCGUAUCACACCUGAGUGCCGUUGCCAUCUUCUACAUCCCCAUGAUCAGCCUGUCACUAGUGCACAGAUUUGGGAGGCAUGCCCCUCCCCUUGCGCAUACUCUCAUUGCCAAUAUUUAUCUGCUUAUCCCUCCCGUCAUGAAUCCCAUAAUCUACAGCGUGAAGACAAAGCAAAUUCGCAAGGCUAUGCUCAGAAUAUUCCUUCCUAAGCUAAUUUAGGACAUUUUCCGUG